AUAUUUACUACACUUUUUAUUACUUUUACCAUGUAAAAAAGUAAUAAAUAUCAACAACACAUAGUAAUAUUCAUUACUGUCAUAUUGUCAUACAGAAUAGUCCAGCUAAAUGGAAUCACCUAAAUCUGUCUUAUUUAUUGUUGUAUCAAAAACUUAUUAGGACAAAGGUAUAGUAUUUCAAGGUCCACAUACUACAUACGAGGCUGAAAAUAGUUUUUUCUCAUGGUCACUUUUGUUUUUACGAGAUUUCAAGGUCAUUAGCAUGUUUUUUUAAUAGAAUCUUAUAUUUAUUCUUCAAUAUCUUUGUAGAGUGUGAAAAAAUAAAUUCAACGACCUCUAUAACCACAUCUUUCCCGACAUAUCAUUUCAAGAUAUUUAGGUCUGAAGUAUGUAACAUUUUCGUGGAUAUUUCAUAAAGUCGCGGGAGGCCUUACGGAGAGGUUAUGUUUAUAUUAAAGCAUUGUUGCCAGAUUUAUUUUCACUAUGGUUUGUACUAUGUUUGUACUUAAACUAGAUUGUGAAUAAAUAGUGUAGUUGGUAGUCAUGAAAUUAAUAUGGUGGUUGAGAACGCGUGCUAAGUGUGGGUAGUUCGACUGAUAACAGAAAAGUAUAUUUUUCUCAUUUUAAAUAAAUAAAUAAAUUAAUACGAAAAAAAAUUCUGCUCUAUAUAUAAAUUUUAUGUAAUACGCAUUCUGAAAAUAUGGCAGAAUCAGUUGGACCAAUACUUCAUGUAAUUGUCGUUGGAUUUCAUCAUAAAAAAGGAUGUCAAGUAGAGUAUUCAUUUCCUCCCUUGGUGUCUGGAGCUCCGAAUGAAUGUCCAUUAGGUUGGAAAUAUUUACCAACCCUUGCUUUACCAGAUGGAUCUCAUAAUUAUGACGAAGAUACAGUUUUCUUUCAUUUACCUAGUUUGAAUAAUCCAAAACGUACAAUAUAUGGCAUUUCAUGUUUUAGACAAAUUCCUGUUGAGAAAUUAAAAAAUCGUACAUCUGAUAUAACAAGAGGUACAGUUCAAAAAUCUGUGUGUGUAUUAAGCACUUUACCAUUAUAUGGUCAUAUUCAAGUAAAAAUGGCAUUGAUAACACAUGCCUAUUUUGAAGAAGGUGACUUUAGUAAAGUAUCAUUAUUGGAAGAUACUUAUCAUCACCUUAAUUCUUGUAUGAGUUGUGAGAGUCAAAUACCACCACAAAUCUUUGUUGACCAUCCAGACCCAUGUCUCCUAUUCCUACAUUUGAUGAGGAAGAAAUAUCAAUAAAUAACAUUGAUAACAAUCUAUCUUCUACAAAUUGUGUCAAAGAAAGCAUAUCUGAUAGAAUGGCAGUGCAUAUUAAUGGUAAUUCAGAUAGGAAUUCAUUAUGCAUAAAUGAUAAUAAAGAUAUUGAAACUAU